AUGCCCCCCCGACGGUCUUCCCGGGCGCGCUGCUGCCCUGCCCCCGCCCCCGCCACCAGCGGCCCCGCCACCUGUCAUGCGCUCGCGCUGGGGUUGCCUGUGCCCAACGAGUGCUUCGCGUCCGCCGGCGGGGGCCGCGGCGCCGCCGCGAUCAGCGCCGCGGCGAUGCCCGCGCAGCUCGUCCAAGAGACAGAGAUCAACGACUUCGCGGGCCCCAGGGCCUGGCUGGGCAUCCCGCCCACGCGGCGCGAGGGGAAGGGCGCUGCCGCGCCGCUCGCCGUCGAGCCGAACAUCCCCGACCCCGAAGAUGCUCGCGCCUUGUGGGUGGACGCCGACUCCCAGAAUGUUCGCCACCAGCCGCGGCCGAGCGCCAUCUACGAGAGCUGCCCGACGAACGACCCCGACAGCCCGGUUAGUGGCCGUUCCAGUGCUGUCUGA